AUGAGUGCCAGUAAGUACGACAUACACGAAUGUAUAGGUAGAGGGAAUUUUGGAGAUGUUUACAGAGCAAUAGUUCGUGGAGAAACUGAAGUUGUGGCCAUCAAGACAGUAAACCUUGAUAGUUCAGAAGAAGAUAUUUCUGUACUUGUUCAAGAAAUCCAGUUGUUAUCACGUAUGAGGUCUCCAUAUAUCACUCGUUAUUUUGAAGCAUUUGUCACAAACGUGUCUAUGUGGAUUGUAAUGGAAUAUUGUGGUGGUGGGUCUUGCUCUGAUCUCUUAAAAUGCCAUAAAAAGCUUGACGAAGAUGUUGUUGCGUAUAUUAUCCGUGGAACAAUGCUGGGAUUGAAAUAUUUGCAUAAUCAGGGUAAGGUACAUCGUGAUGUAAAGUCAGCAAACAUAUUAUUGACUGAAAAGGGAGAAGUGAAAUUGGCGGACUUUGGUGUCAGUGGGGAGAUAACCAUGACUCAUAUUAAAAGGAAUACCUUUGUUGGUACUCCAUUUUGGAUGGCACCAGAAGUAAUCAAAAGACGAAAUGGAGGUUAUGACCAGAAAGCAGAUAUAUGGUCAAUUGGAAUCACCACUAUUGAGUUAGUUACUGGAACUCCACCUCUUUCUGAAUUUGACCCACUUAAGAUAUUGUUCCAAAUCCCAGAAAAUCAGCCGCCCAUUUUGGAAGGUAAUGAAUAUGGAAGUAAUUUAAAAGACUUUAUUAGAUAUUGUUUAAGAAAGGAACCAGAAGAGAGACCCACAGCAAAAAUGUUAUUAUAUCAUAGAUAUUUGAAGAACAGAAGAGGGGGGAUUAAUUUAGUUCAGCUUAUUCAAGAGAAGAAUGUUUGGUUUGAGAAGAAAUACUCUCGUGGAAAGAAACCAAGACAUUCAAUUGAGGAACAGAAGCAACCAUACCAUCGGAAAAUAUCUUGGGAUUUUGAAACACAAAGGAGUCCACGUAUUGGGACCAGUGCAAGUCCCAUGGAGACUACUAUUCUGCCACUUACCAAUAUGAGUCCAAACAUGUCGAAUACGACGGCAAGCACACCCGUUACAGGAUCUCCAAAUAAAUUGGUUGCGAAAAAUUAUCUUGAAGAUAUAAUUAUUAUUUGCCUUGGACGAGUUGCAAAUCGUGCCAAAUCUAUUGAGACAAAGAGGACGGUUGAGAUGCUCGCGCGAAACUUUGUAGUUUACGAAUCACAACAGCCCGGCAUAUGCGAAGCGGUAGUAGAGGAAAUCUGUAUACACGUGCACCAGAUGAUGGCCAACGAGACAAAGAGUUAG